UCAUUUUUUGAAUACCCUAAUGAAAAAAGAACAAUGGCGGAAAAAGCAGUCGAGUCCGUACAGUGUUUCGGCCGUAAAAAGACGGCGGUAGCUGUAACACACUGCAAGAGAGGCCGUGGUUUGAUCAAGAUCAAUGGCUGUCCCAUCGAGCUCGUGGAGCCGGAGAUCCUCCGAUUCAAAGCUGUCGAACCGAUCCUUCUCUUAGGCCGCCACCGUUUCGCCGGCGUCGACAUGAGAAUCCGAGUCAAAGGCGGAGGUCACACUUCUCAGAUCUACGCUAUCCGUCAAAGCAUAGCGAAAGCCCUCGUUGCCUUCUACCAAAAGUAUGUCGACGAGCAAAGCAAGAAGGAUAUUAAGGAUGUUUUGGUGACGUACGACCGGACUUUGCUGGUGGCUGAUCCAAGGAGGUGUGAGCCGAAGAAAUUCGGUGGAAGAGGUGCUAGGGCAAGGUUCCAGAAGAGUUACCGUUGAUGAAAUUUCAGGGUUUGUUUGGCCAAAUAAACUGGAUUUUCGUUUUUUUUCUCAUAAAUAUCUAUGAUUUUAAGAUGUUACUGAGUUUCAGAAUUUUGAAUUUUUGUUUUUUAUGUUUAUUUAAAUUCAUUGCUUGAAUCUUUUGAAAUUGGCCUUAAAUUAUUGUUGAUUUCUAAUA